AUGGCGGGAGACAGACGGUGGGCGACCAUCCUCCAGGAAAUUGCUAUCGCAGCAGCUGCUCCCAUCAUGGCCUUCUUUAUUAUGCGGAACCUCCUGGCUCGAAUGGAUCCUGAAGCCGGUGCCAAAUCUGAAGCCGAGAAGAAAUCCUCGGCCGCAACAGCCCGUCUAUCAUCCAUCUUUGCCAGUGCUCCCGACGACGACUUUGACGAAGACGAUGAAGACUACGAUCAAAAGAUGGAAUGGGAGAAGCGCAAGGAGAACCUCGUCCUUACACCUUACGAACAAACUAUCGCCAUGGAAGUAGUUGCCCCUUGGGAAAUUCCCGUCUCGUUUGACGACAUCGGUGGUCUAGACGAUAUUAUCGAGGAACUGCGCGAAGCCGUCAUCUAUCCUCUUACCAUGCCCCACCUCUACUCGGCGACAAGUUCUCUCCUCUCGGCUCCUUCUGGCGUUCUUCUCUAUGGUCCCCCUGGUUGUGGAAAGACCAUGCUCGCAAAGGCUCUGGCCCACGAAAGUGGUGCCUGCUUCAUCAACCUGCACAUCUCAACUCUAACCGAAAAAUGGUACGGCGACAGCAACAAGCUCGUUUCUGCCGUCUUCAGUCUUGCAAGGAAGCUUCAACCAAGCAUUGUAUUCAUCGACGAGAUCGAUGCCGUCCUCGGCCAAAGGCGUAGUGGAGAGCACGAAGCCAGUGGCAUGGUCAAGGCAGAGUUCAUGACACAAUGGGACGGUCUCACAUCUUCAAAUUCCCUCGGCGAGUCUCAACGCAUCUGCGUGCUAGGAGCCACCAACCGCAUACAGGACAUCGAUGAAGCCAUCCUCCGUCGCCUUCCCAAGAAGUUCCCCGUAUCCUUACCCUCAGCAUCUCAACGCCGUUCAAUCUUCUCCUUGACGUUGAGGAACACUCGCAUGUCUCCCCAGUUCGAUCUCGAAACUUUGGUCAAGGUCAGUGCAGGCAUGUCCGGCAGCGACAUCAAGGAGGCCUGCAGAGAUGCCGCCAUGGUCCCCGUCAGAGAAUACAUCCGCGAAGCAAAAGCUCGCGGUGCAAAUAUGAAAGGCGUCAAGGCUGAAGACGUCAGAGGCUUGCACACCGACGAUUUCUUUGGCAGGAAAGGCGGCGCACUACAAAUGAGACGUCAACCAGAAGUCGACGAGUGGGAGGAGUCCAGGGCCAGUCCUGAAACGAUGUCGGAAACGGAUGACGACCCGAAAAUUUCCGUGCCGGUAUGA